CAUGGUGUUCACCGCUUUCUCCUAUGUGGCCCUGGCCGGAGCUGCUUGGAUAUUUCUGCGACUCUUACAAGCGUGCUUCUGGCUACCACGUCAUUUGAGAAAACAGAACGAUGUUCAGCAAAUGCUACAAGAGAAGGUCAGUAGUUAUGAGAGAUAUUUGGCGGAGUGCGAGGCGAGGGAGAAAGCAGAAGAGAACGGCGAAUCCACCACGUCCCCGGAGUGUGAUGAAAAAGCCCCGGAACAAAAGAUCGAUCCCCGGAUCCAAGAAGAAAGAUGGAAGGAACGAAGAGAAUGCUUGGAGAUGUUGAAAAAAGAAUUGAGGAGAGUGCAGAAUGGCGGUGAUAUUUACGAUUGGGAUUAUCUCUUAGAGGAAGACGACAAACCGGAAGACGAAGCGACGGCUGAUCCUGAGAAAACCGAAGCUCCGACUAAGGAAGAAAUAUCGUUGAACGAAGGCGAUUGUAAAAUUGCCAAUAGUAAAGUCGAACUGUCACAAACGACCGAAGAGAAAAAAGAAAAGUAACUUUAUAUUCCGACACGAAAAAAAUCUAUUGAAAAAGUGUAGUCUUCAAAGACCUCAGUAAAAUUCAUUGACGUGUUGAUUCCCUAAAUAAUUAUCAACAUGUUUUUAUCAACUUGUGAUAUUUGUACUGCAUCUAAUUAAUAAUAUAAUAAGUGCCUUGAAAUACGUGAUUGAAGUGUGCGUCGUUGAAAUGCAGCAUACGUACUUUGUCAAAUCGUUGAAUUUCAUAAUUUUUCAUCUUUUUCGUAGAUUCCAUUGGAAUUAAAUGUAACGCAAAUCGACACAAAAUUUGACCAAUCUGUGGGUUCAUUUUUCAUUCAAAUUACAGACAGUACGAUCAAAAAUGUUCGAUACAUCACAGUGAUAUGAACUUUGAAAACAUAUUAACGUGUAAACAGAAUCUAUACUUUUCAGCCACAUUCAAUGCUAACAGUGACGAGUCCAUUUAAAGACCCCUGACACACCAUGUAUACUUCGAAUUCCAUGAAGAGGGUGAAAAAUUUGAGGAAUAAUGAUAAUUGCACAAAUCUUCGAAUAACAUUUUUAGAUAACACUGCAUAUUAAUUUAUAUAAAUAUGUAUUCGUAUUUAUAAAUAUGUGUAAAGAAAUUUUAGUGCACAACACAUUUACAAUGACUACAAUAUGAAUGUGAUUAUACGAUAAAACUGACUGUAAACAAAAAUUCUUCAGAACAGGAGAUUCUGUUCUUUGAAAAAGUAAUCAAAUAUAUUUUUCAAUCUAAGAAACGUGUCAAUAUAAUGUGGGAAGAAUAAAAAUAGGAUGUGAAAAAGUUCGUACAUAGAAAUAUUGUUCAAAUUAAAAUAAAAAUGGUUCACAAAAAAUGUUAGCGUUUCACGUACUUUUAUAUGUGAAAAUUGUAUUACCACAUGAGCAUAGAAAAAAACAAUUUCAUGAAUUCUGUGAUCCUGUGCAUUGAGUGUGAUUAUUCAAGUUUUUAAAGUGUUUGAAGAAAUUUCUGUACACCGAUCCGUUGAUUGAUUAAAUCAAUGAUUAUUAUAUCUUGUAUAUCCAGUAUCGGUGUAAAUUAUUGACGUUAUGAUUGAAUAAAUGCCAGAACUGAAAUCGUA